AUGCACUACCCAACCCCCGACGUCAUCGCCUCCUGGCCUCCCCCCAACUAUACGAACCCACAGCGUCGCGGACCGGCCUUGCUGGCGAUAGAGCUGACGAUCCUCCCCAUCGCGCUCGUAACCCUCCUCCUGCGUCUUUAUGUCCGUAUUCGCAUCGUCAAAAGCUACGGCUGGGACGACUGGCUCAUGGUUGCCGCAGCCGCCUGCGGCCUCGGAGUGACGCUGUGCACCAUCAUCGCGACUCAAGUAUUCAACUGGAACGCACACAUCUGGGACCUGACGUCGGAUCAGAUGGUCCAAGGUCGCAAGGUCUCGCUGGCCAGCCAGACGCUCUUUGCCGCAGCGACGUCCCUGGCCAAGGCGUCCAUCCUACUUUCGUACUUGCGCAUCGCGCCGCAAAAGUCCUGGUUCAGACGCCUGACGUUUUCUGCCCUGGCCCUCGUAUCGACCAUCGGGUUCGCCGCCAUCUCCCUGUUCUGGACCCAGUGCACGCCAAUCUCGAGCUACUGGUUCCUCCAGGACCCGUCCCAGGCCGUCAACUGCGAGGUCGACGAAGGGUUGCUCGACUUUGCUCAGGCGCUGUGCAACGUAUGCACCGACCUGAUCGUCUACGUGCUGCCCAUACCGACGCUCGCAGCCCUGUCCCUCCCCUUGGGCCAGCGCAUCGCCACCAUCGCGCUCUUCAGCCUGGGCCUGAUCGUCGUGGUCGCCGGGUGCAUGCGCGCUUACUGGAUCUCGUACGUGGUCGUCGCCGACUUGCCCGACUUCACAUGGGAAGGCUACCACCUGUGGAUCUGGACCGCCGUCGAAUGCCAGCUCAGCGUCAUCUGCGGCUGCGUCCCCGUGCUCAAGCCCCUGUUUCUCAUGAUGCUCGGCCGCGAGGCUGGCUUUGAGCUGCGACGUGAAGACAUAGAUGACGACGUCGCAGACUUUGACUUUUGCGACAUUGCAACCACGAGGGACUCAAAGGCCUAUACAAUGUACGCGCGGAGCGUACACUCGAGUCACACAAAUGCGAGCGCCAUCGAGGCACCGCCGGCUGCCAGGAACACGAAUCGAUUCAGCUUUGUCUGGGCAAGCUCGGAUGGCCUCGCACGCACCAACGUCGUCGUCGAGACUGUCGAUGUUGCUGCUGCCACCGCGGCUGCUAGCGACCCCUGGUAUCCUGGAACGCGACCAGCUUUCAUUCCGGGAAUGCCUCCACCACCGCGACCCCCACGGUCUCCGUUACCCCCCGAGAUGGAAAACGGCAUGUAUCUGGCAGAGAUUUGCAAGCGCCAUACGAUGCCGAACCUGCGAGAUGACGAUGCGGAUGUUUGGGUUUCGGCGACCGGCGGCGUGAGGACCGUCAUCACAGCCGGCGUCCCCAUAAAGCCAAAGGCAAAGUCCUUGCGAUGGGUUUGA